GGUUAGCAAAACAUAAACAUUUAAAUCAUAUUUUCACUCUACAACUCUCUAAUCAACAUCUCAUCCCUUGAAUUCGAUUUUUGUAUGUUCAGACAGAACGUUAGUAUCUUGUAGGAUGUGUAAAGUGUAAACAGUGUCUUAUCAAAUCGUGGUAAAAACGAAAUAAGAAGUACCGUUGCAAUGGACAGCCAGGCUUCGUUGAGUGUUUUGGGAAAGUUAUUAGAUUUAAAACAGUGGCAAAGUCAACAGCACGAGAGGCUAGUCAAGGAACAAGAAAAACACCGAGAAAUGCUUGUUGAAGAACAAAGUUCACGAUUCCAGCAGUUAAAAUUUCCUGAUCAAGUAAAGGAUCUUGCCGCUUAUGACAGCGAAUCUUCUGUGUCUGCUGUAAAUGAAUCAACAUUUGAUGAUAAUAAUAAAAGUGGUUUUCAUGACCAUGAAGUGCAUCCAAGGGAUAAAUCGGAAUACGGAGGCGAUGAAAGGAAUUUUGCAACGAUAAAAACCAGUUCUCAAGAGGAAAAUGAUGACAACGUGAAGCCAAAGAGACCCUUCCUUAGAAGAGGCCAGGGUCUCACAAGAUUCCGAAUGUCCAGCGAGGACAUGGAAGAACAGAGAAAGAGGAUACUCGCCACUAAGUCUAAAAAAAAGGUGUCCAGCAAUCCUGAAAAGGCGCUACCGGAAACUGCUCCGAAGAGUAAGAACACCAAACAACUUAAAGGGAAUAAAGUAGUGGCGAAAAGAUCAGCACCAACCAGCGGUUCCCAGAAGGGCCAACUACUAGUGCCAAGAGCGCCAAUCCCUCCAACCCUAAGGCUGGUGCCUCCAAAGAAAAGUCUUUUCCAAGAAAAGAAAGCCGCUGGAAAAAAUGCGAAAAACAAUUCAGACCCAAGGAACCCUGAGGCCAUGCAGGAACAGAAAACCUGGAGCUCGGUUUUCUCAAGGGCACAAAAUGAAAUUUCAACUUCCUCCCCUAUGAAAAAGGUCGAACAGAGGGAGCUGAGGGUAUUUGAACGGAUGGAGCAAUUGGUUGACGACUCAAGUUUUUGCUCCAGUUCCUCAGUGUACACUAGGUUCAUCGAAGGUGGCUAUAUCAGUUCCAUUCAGAAUACGCCCCAGGGCUCCCCCAUCAAAUCAGCAGCGACUCAAAGCCAGUCUCCGUUGGCCCUGGAGGCGCCAUCCUCGACACCAAAUCCCGCUAUCGAAAACGCAAAAUCGCUCCUCCAUCAACUUGCCGCCAUCAGAUUUGGACCUCCCGAUGGAGCCAGUGCUGAGUUCUGGGAGAACAAUCAAGGAAUAAAUUUGAAUGAUCUUAAACUGGAUUUGUCUGGCUUGCAAUGUGAGACUUCAAGCGAUGAUGAAGGUGGCCAGCACAGCCCUAUCAAUUUGACUGAUGGAGAAUGGAGUAAAAGUAGCGAAUCCAGUGACGGCGAGACUUCAACUGACGCGUCAGAAUAUGGCAGGAGGUUGCCCGAUGAGGAAGAAAACUGUGCGCCCACUGACACAAAAAGUGCUCCUGCUAAGAAGAAUGUGGAAGAGCGUAGUAUUUCUUCUGAAGACCCUGAGGAGCCACGGAAUCUGGACGAUAGUCUAGUAUUGGGCUCAGCAAUGCACGCCAGGCUGGAGCAGUUGCACAGGGAAGUGCUGGUCGUUCAGGAGCAGCAGACACAACUGCAGAGGCAAAAGCAAGACUUGGCCUGCGAAAAAGAAAUAUUGGCCAGGGCCCUGCAAGAGGCAGAGGAGCAGAAAAAGCGGUUUCAAGGCAACAAACUGCAGCACUUGAAUGAAAGCAAAAAAAUCGAGGAACUGAAAAAACAGCUCCAAGAGCUGCAAGAUUCGUGGAAGGAAAAAGAGGUACGCUGGGCGUCAGCGCAAGCCAAUCAAAGGGCUCAGUUGCGGCAACUCGCGCAGGAAAACAAAAAUCUGGCCUCACAAAUUAAAGAAUUGAAAUUGAACCAGGCCAAAAAGGUUCAUUUCGCGCUUGCAAGUAGUGCCAAGAGCACAAAGAGCAAAGGGCUCCCGAAAUCAGCAUUGAAAAGGCAAGAAGAACCAAACAGAUCUUCUCCUGAGGUUGCUAGUGAAGAAGUUGAUGCUGAGAACGUUGACAAUAAACAGGGGUCAAGGAUCACGUGUGCCAGAGAUCUAGAUGACGCUCUUAAGUUGUAUCAAACGCUUUGUCCCAAAGAGGAUGCUCCUAACAGCCCUGCGAUGACUCCUAGAUCGAUCAACAAAGCUUACUUUGAUAUAUUUUAUGCCAAAAACAACGAUGCGGUAGAAGAGUCCAAGUGUAAGAGUACUUUGGUCGAUGCCCCUCCAAAAGAACCAGUUCGAAGAGAGUCAUUUGAGAAACUGCGAGAGCCUAUCUGGAAUAAAACUGUUUUGCCUGAGCUUAAUUUGGAAGAAGAUAUGAGACCAAAAUCAGUUUUGCCAGAAAAGAUGAGCCAGCCAAUUCGUGUCGCAGAAGCUACAAGUGACAUCGUAAAAAGUCAUAAUAUACAUCCAGAUGGGACCAAACAAAUUUGGUACUCUAGCGGGAACACUUUGAAAGUGUCAGCGGAUGAAAGCAACAGGCGGAUGGUUUUUUACAAUGGUGACGUGCAAGAGAGCUGGAAAAGAGAGGGGGUCACGCGCUAUUUCUACGCUGACAGUCGAGUUUGGCACGAAACUCAAUCUGAUGGAACCCAAACCAUUUCAUAUCCAGAUGGCCAAAAGGAAGUGUUAAAGAGGGAUGGGAGUAAAGAAGUAAGUUUCCCAGAUGGAUCCAGCAUGUGUAUCGACGCUGAAGGGAAGCAGACCGCAAAUCUGAGUGAUGGAUCCAAACUAUUCCUUAAUCUCGAUGGUUCAAGCAUUCUUGAAAUGCCAAAUGGAUUGAGAGAAAUUAGGACAGCAGAUUCUACGACGUUGCAGUAUCCGGAUGGAACUAUUCGUGUGCGGUAUCCCAGUGGACUUCUUGAAACUAAAUACCCUAAUGGACGUGUUCGAGUAAAAGAUGCCUCUGGCAAACUUAUUAUAGACACGCAUUGCCCAGUUGACUCAUGAAAAUAAUUUAAUCUAUUGAAAAUAUAUAUUAUAAACCCUAAAAGGUACCUGAUCGAAUCUUGUAAAAUAAUAAUAAAAGUUGUAAAAUGACAAUGCUAGGCAAUGAGAAAAUAUAUUGUAAAAUGUGAUUUAAAUUUUAUAAAUUGUACCACAUCAUAUAAUAUUGUGAAAUAAGUGAUAAUUAAUAAUGCUUUAAAAAGCCUUGAAAUAAAAUUCCUAUGGUGACA